AUGAUGCUUGAAACUCAGCGUGGCUCGAUACGCCUUGAGCGCAAUCGCAUCUUGUUCCUUGGCGAUGUCCAUCUUCCGCCGCGCUUCCGCUUCCUCCAUGUCGCGCCGUGCUUUGUCCUUGGAAUCAAAUUCGGCACGUGCUAUGGCGCGGCGCUUCACCGCCAGGUCUGGACUUGCGCAUUCCGUCAACGGCUUGGCUUCUACCUUCUUGGAGAGGAAGGUCCGACUCCCGGUCAUGAUAGGCGUCGCCUUGAACACCAUCUUUUGCAAUCGCGCUUUCUCCUCCUCCAUCUUCAGCUUUGCCAAACGCUCCUUGGCCAGCUCGUCAAAGCGUUCUCCAGGCAUGUGGAAAGGCUCGAUCUCUGUCAAAGGCAUGCGCUUUACAUUGGAGUUGAGACCUUGCGCAGUGUUAUACAGUGGAAGCGGAGCUGCCUUGAAGACACGCUUCAACGAGGCGGCUUCGAGGUCGGCUUGGACCUUGACAUGGAACUCUUCCUGAUACGCUUUGUGUCGGCGCACACUCUCCAAAUUGGGGCUCACUGGUAUUGUCGUUGUCGUCCUACUCGGGGCCACAACUUUCCGACGCUUGACAGAAGGCAUCGGGUUGGCGUGGAAGGGCUUUGCCAGCUCCAUCCCAUCGACGUCUUCGACUUCGAGUGGGGUGCGAGUGCGUUUGUUGGUGUGGAGAUUGGGUGA